CUUCUGUUAACAAUUUAAGUGGGAAGAUUCCAAACUAUCUCCAAAUGUUGAUGAGCAAAAGUCUUUCUGUGUUGAGUUUGCAUGCCAAUAACUUUGAUGGAGAUAUACCAUUUAGCUUUCCAGAGGGUUAUGGAUUGCAAAGUCUCAACUUGUAUGGAAAUAAAAUGGAAGGCUUGUUGCCAAGAUCUUUGAUGAAUUGUAGCUUGCUAGAGGUUUUAAACUUUGGAGACAACAAGAUAGCAAAUCUAAGAUUGCUGGUUUUAAGGUCAAAUAAAUUCCAUGGUUUUGUAGUUAGCACCAAAGAGCGUCCAUCUUUUCCCAAGUUACGAGUCCUGGACCUCUCCGACAAUGACUUUUUCGGUCCUUUGCCUGUUCCAUACAUGGAAAUUUUCAAAGCAAUAGUGGAUCCUCAUAGAGAUGACAAUUUUUCUCAAUACAUGAUGACCCACGGCACUCGUAUAGGGCUAUGGCUUCUACCACCAAAGAGGUCAUUUGGCUUCACAACUUAUUACAAAAUUUUGGUAUUUGCCAAUCUCGCUCCACACCACUUUACUACGAUAAUCAGGCAGCUCGCCACAUUGUUGCCAAUCCUAUCUUUCAUGAAAGGACAAAACAUUUGGAAAUUGAUUGUCAUUUGGAAGGAGGAAGAGAAAAAGUUAGGGCUUUUAGAAGAUGUGGCGAAGAAGGCGGGAGCGUGCUCUUACUCACUCGAGGAUCGGAGAGUCGUUGAUCGGAGUGUGGAAGAGAUGGAUAGCAGGACGAGAGAGAGAAAUCGGACGGUGGAAGUGGCGAUUGCGGCUACGGCUACGGUGGUGCUUUUUUUUUCGGUUUCCCGCCCGGUAUCCGGGGCUUUGCCCCGACUAUUCCGGACCCGACCCGCGUCGCGCACCUGGAAAUGGUGGGUGAGUCUCCCAGCGAGAACUGCUGCGUUCACAAGGUCUCGAACUCGAGACCUUACUUAAGCUGGAACAAGCCGUUUACCACUUGAUCCAACCCCUCGUUGUAUUAUUGGUGGUGAGACUAAUGGUGCCUAAUUGAAAUUUUAUAUAGUACUCCUAUUAUGCAAUAAGGUAUAAUGGUGCCCAUACAAUAAAAUACAUGUGAUAUAUGCAUUCCUAGUAGACCAUAAUGUACAAUGGUGCUUAAGUGAGCAAAUGUAAUAUGCACUUCUAUUAUACAAUUAUGGUAUAAUAGUGCAUGAUUAAAAUAAAUAAUUAUUAGACACCUUACUUGAACAAAAGGGGUGAAUCCUUUUGGUCUUUUUGUAACCAUAGAUUCAAAGGGGGAACGAACCACAUAUAUAUGCCUAUCUUUGAUUGGUCAAGUCUUGAUGAUCAUAAAUAAUUAAUUUGAAUUGCUUUCCCACUAAUAUUGAUGCAGUUUGGAAAAGACUUUGUUUUUGCUUCUAGCUUUACUUGUCCUUUGUAAUGUCUAAAAGACUCAAAAGAAUUAUUGCAUUUGCAGAGUUGAUUCCACUUAUUAGCUCUUCUGCAACGUUAGUCAAUGACAGUCACUCGCAUUAAUUUCAGAUGUUUCCUUGUAAUUGCUUUCUUAGAAUCAAUUCCUCGCUAAACAAAAAAUUAUGUUAUUA